UGCUGCGCGCGCGCACUCUUACGGACGUACUGCGACCAAACACAAAAUGGCGUCACUCGCGAUAAACGAAUAACCGUUGUUUAUCAAUAAAAAUAGUUUUUAUUACUCAGCUCUAGAUUAAGAAUUAUAAAUAAAACAUUGCUCCUAAAAAUACAAUUGUUGCUAUGUGAUUCGUAAAUAUUAAUCAAGUUUAUUUUUACUAAAAAAUAAUAAAUUAAAAUCAGUUUAAUUUCCAAAUUUAAAAAUAAACAACCAAUCUUUAUCUAUCAGAAAUGUUUGUUUAAAUACUAAAACAUAAAAAAAUAUUUAUUUAACUUUACCUACAAACAUUUUAACAUAUAAAAAGCCUAUUAGAAGUUAAAACUCUUAUGAAAAAUUUAAUUAACUAGUGAAGAAUGUGAUAGAAAAAAAUAUUUACUAAGAAUUAAAGUGUUUGUGACUGAAAUUGGACGUGGACUAUACAAUGUGGUGGUUACUGCUAUUCAUACUGCCACUGGGGCUGGUCAGCUCCAGUUAUAAUGAGCCUGAGCACCCUCUAAACAUAAUAGGCAACCCGUGCACAGACAGGAACCACAUGUUCCUGGCCCCGGGAGUGCUGACUGCCGGCAGCUUGAACAGGGCCUGUAUCUCCAGGUUCUACACUGAGGGACCAGCUCGCAUGACACUCACCUUGAUGACAGAAGACAGGCAAACACAGACUGCUUCUAGGGAGCUUGCUGCAGGUGAUGGUGGAUGUUUGGACAUUAAUGUGCCCUUGCUACCAAAUUCUAAAGCAGACUUAGUCGUGAACAUCAGGUACCCAGAAGCUCAAUGCGUAUGGGAGCGUCGUGUUCCUCUCCGUAUCGCCAGCGGUCGAGUGGUGGUGCUCUCCACUGAACGCGCGCGCUACCGGCCCGGGGAGACAGUGCGCUUGCGAAUAUUAGCGCUUCGACAUGACUUCGCACCUUCGCAUGGAAAUAUUGAGGAAGUCUGGCUGGAAGGUCCCCGGGGAGCCUGGGAGGGCUCUCGUGUCACGCAAUGGCAGCACGUGCGCACCCGCCUCGGGCUGGUGCAGCUUCAGUACCAGCUGGAUGAGCUGGCACCCACGGGGAAAUGGACCCUCAGGGCUAGACUGGCUGAUGGAUCACAGGGGUCAUCAUCGUUCUGGGUGGGCAACUACGAGCUGCCCCCCUUCCAGCUGAGCGUCCGCCACGCUCCCAAAGUGCUGCGAACCAGCGAGAGACUAGUAUGGACGGUCUGCGUCAGGUACCCAUGGUCCGAAGCUGUAGAAGGUAUGCUGGUGAUCCGUCUCCGUGGUGCUGGAGGUGGUAGCGGUGGGAUACGGACUGCGGUCCAACUCAGAGCUCCCAAGGCCUGCCACCGACAUGCUGCAGCUGCUAAGAGAGUGGGCCUGGAUGGCACUGAUCCUCCCGAUGUAGUGGUUGCUGACUUUUCUUUCCAGGAGGAAGGCACGAGAAUCUGGCAGAACACGACAGUAGUCUCUCAAGUGGUAGACAAACCGAUAUCUUUGGAGUUCCUGACCAAACACCGAGUAGUUAUUGCUCCUGGACUACCGUACAAACUGAAGGUGAAAGCAACUCGUUGGGAUGACAAGCCGGCACCCAAGGAGCUCAUCAAAGUCUGUCGCCAUCAGGCCAGCUUCCCUGACAAACUACAGCAGCAGAUCAAGACACGAGAGACCAUGUGUGUGGAGGGGACUACGGACGAUAGCGGUGUGGCCAGGCUGCUGUUCUCUGCAGGAGAGGAUGCUGCUCCUUUCUAUAGAUUUGAGGCCCAUUUAUCAAACGACACGAGCAUAGUAGCAGCUCCACUCACUCUGCCAGUGCGUCGCUCAUCCUCCGUGCACGCAGCCCUCGGCCCUCUGAAGGCGGAGUCACGUCAAGGUCGGACCUUCGUACCCCUGUACCUCAACACCAACAACACCUCUUCACCGUUCACUGUACAUUUUGUGGUAAUAACACGAGGCGGCAUCAUCUACCGGUGGGGAGCAACAACCCAAUGUCCAAUAUCAAACUCUGGAGACCAGAUUCGCAACGCAGCUCGCAAUGCCAAGUGCCCCGACCUCGUCCAACGUGACGUCGUCAUGACCCAACGAGACCAUCCAGCUCCACAAACGUCCCACCGGAUCACUCAGGCCAAAAACCGUAAUAGACAAUACCGCAGUGCUGCUAGAGUGAGUGCUAGACUCCCUAGGUUCCAAGUACCUAAGCACAACGGAUCCUCAGAAAACCAAGAUGUGCUGAUGCAGGACACUCCAACUUUCAACGUCAGUACUGAUGUGUCUGAUGCCUUAUUGGACAGACAUCAGUUGCGGGUGAUGCUGCCCAUAAAGUUGACCAACCAGAUGUGCCCUGACACCCACUUGAUUGCGUACUUCUAUCAUGAAGGGGAACUUGUCAGUGCUAGCAAACAUUUCGAGAUGGAGGAGUGUUUUAUCAACAAGGUGGAAGCUACAUGGUUAAGCCGUCAAGCUCAGCCAGGAUCUGCAGUAACCCUCCAAAUUUCUACUCCUGGACCAGCGUUAUGUGCACUCACAGUCCUGGACACUGCAGCUAAGUGGAUACAACCUCCUCAGCCACCAAAGGAACAGCUCAUGAACUCACUGAGAAGACUGAUUGAGAGUCACAGGAACCUGACUGAGUUUGAUGCAGCCGGAGUCUGCUUCCUUAAUUCCGAAACCCUCGAUAUCCCAUCGAAGACCGUAGACCUCACAGCAUCAUGGCUGGCUGCGGCUGGAGUUCGCCUGAUAGGAGGAGACGCGUCCAACAGUAAACAUUGCAUACCACGCCCACCAGCUCUGCUGCUGGCUGAGGAGAGUAACACUCCUAGGUCUGACUUCUCAGAGGCAUGGCUCUGGCGAUUCUUAAGUAUUGGCGCCAAUGGCACUGGUGCUGUGACAGCAAACGCCCCGGAUUCCAUCACCAGGUUCGAGGCAGGAGCCAUUUGCGUGUCAAGGAAUUCAGUGGCUAUAUCACCUCCAGCUGUUUUACAAGUGUUCCGAGAGUUCUUCAUCCACGCUGACAGCCCCAAGCGGCUACGUCGCGGAGACUCCACCAUCAUCAGAUACAGGAUCUUCAACUACCUGUAUGAGCCUCUCAGUGUCCAAAUUCAAAUACUGACAGAUCCUCACGUAGAGGGUCCCAAAGAGCUGGUGGAGUCAGCGUGUGUGAAGGCUCGCUCGUCCAUUGCCCGUCGUGUGGAGAUCCGCGCACGAGUGGCCGCGCCUGCUCGCAUCAGUAUACGAGCUAAGGCGGUCAGUGAUGGAAACUGCGGCAAUGUGACCAGUGGAAGGACUGGAGUCAGUGACGAAGUGAUCAUUCGCAUUGCUGUCGAGCCUGAAGGAAUUCCUGUACGCGAACAGAAGUCCAUCCUUUUAUGUGGAAAGAAUACUUCCGAAGCAGGCCCUUCAGAAGCCUCAUGGUCAUGGACACCAGUUAAGGCUGUGCCCGGUACUGAGACACUGACUAUGUGGGCAGUUGGUGACGUCACUGGACCUCUAUUGGCUGAAGCAGACUCCCUCCUGCAGAUCCCCCGAGGUUGUGGAGAGCAGAAUAUGGCACAGCUGGCUACAAACCUGUUGGCUUUGAACCAACUGGACCCCAACUCCAUUGCUGCUACCACCGCCAAGGAGUACGUUGCAAGAGGAUAUACUAGGCAGCUGCAGUACGUGCACCCGUCAGGAGGGUUCAGUGCAUUCGGCCAGUCUGACGCCACCUCCUCCACUUGGCUCACGGCAUUCGUUGUCAAGCACAUGAGGAGAGCCCAUAAACUCUUAUGGCCUAACCUACAAGUGCCAACGGCAAUAAUUCGCGCAGAGCGAUGGCUUCUCAACCAGCAGAUGGAGAAUGGAUGCUUCAGAAACGAAGGACAAGUCUUCCAUAGAGAGCUAAAAGGAGGUCUGAACGACGAAGGAGAGAUAGCGAACGUGGCCCUCACAGCUUACGUCAUAACUGCCCUCAUUGAGAGUGCCUCUCCGUUCCCUCACCGUGUCAUUCGCAAUACCCUCUCCUGUCUUCGAGCUUUACCUCCAAUGAAGUCCAAAACUCCUACCAGAGUGUAUGCUAAUGCCCUCUUGGCUUACGCUUAUAUGAAACUGGAUCGUUAUGAAGAGGAACUGAGGUAUACCAAUGAGGCUAGUUUGAGGCGAAUGCAGGAGGGCUUGGAGCAGGAUGAAGGAAUAAAGCAAGUGCUGAACCUCAUGAAGAUGGCCAAGAAGAAUGGGGAAUACGUGUGGUGGGAGACCAGUAGCCUAUCCACCUCAAUCGAGGCGACAUCGUACGCGCUGCUGGCGCUGCAGACGGCGCGCGCGCUGCCCACCGCGGCGCGGGCGCUCGCGCCGCCUGCCGCGCGGUGGCUCAACUCACACCGCACUGCUAGUGGCGGGUUUAUAUCCACACAGGACACUUUAGUAGCCUUAGAAGCACUAUCGGCCUGGUCAUCGCAAACUGUGGAAACUAACCUCAACGUGACAGCGCGCUGCAGCAGACUGGACCACCGAGUUACUCUGCAGCCAGGAGUCAAGAUACCUGACGUCAUAAAGAUGAGGCCAGGGGAACGACUCUCUGUGUCUGUUGAAGGAACGGGCUGUGCUCUCAUCCAAGCAACACGUGCCUACCACGUGAUGUCCACUGACACGACGCCGCGGGACAAACAGCUGUCAGUACAGGUGUCAGUGCACACUGACGGACCCUUCGACUGCGACAAUAACGGCACCAGUUGCUACUGUGCUGCCGUGAUUGAGGCGUGUGUGCUAUGGACUGGCAGUUUCCCAGAGAUGGCUCUCAUGGAAGUCACCCUUCCCGGCGGGUUCGGAGCAGAUGCACAGCUUCUCUACUCACAACUUGGCAAACCUUCUUCCCUGCUUCGUCGCAUAGAGCUGACACCAUCGAACUCUCGAGCGACCUUCUACUUGGGAACUCGCGACGGUAGCGACACGAGCGACCACGUGGGACACCAGUGCUACAACAUACACGCCACAGGACCCAGGGUCAAGACGCGGCCAGCGUAUGCUCGGGUCCAGGACUACUACGUGCCUGCCAUCAACGAUACACAGGUAUACACUAUACCCGAAGAAUGUCCAGCACGCAUCGUACACGAGACCGACAACUACCGAUCAUCAGACAACUUGUACUCAAAAGCAAGAGCCACCAACAGUGACGAUAUUGUCAUCACACAUGAGUUCUCCUUUGAGGACAUCCCAGAAGGCAUACCCCUUGAGGAUCCACUCAUCUAUGACCACUUAACUGAGAACGAAAACUAUAGAACACCGGAAAAUCAAGAAGUUAGUAAAUUAGAUUUCAAUGGCAUGAAUACUCAAAACGACGGUCAAAGUCAAAACGUCACAGUUCCUAAACCACCAGAAAAUAUUAAAAGUCAAGAGCCUAUAGAACAAGUUCGCAGUAACUUUGACAACGUUGUAAACGGAUAUUUCUGUGAAAACGAUGCGACGACAAUUUCCAACCUUGACGCUAUUAUUAACACGGCUGCAAGAAAAGAUAAUAAUUUGGCCAAUACUGCGAGUGGUGCUUCUAAAGCUGAACACCAUACACCUGUCAGUCCUCCUGGCAGUGCGCAGUCUAAAUCAAAUGACCGUAGCUUUGAAACUAUAGUUAAAGAAAAUAUUCACACGAUUGCUGAAGAACAAUCAGAUAAUGCUGACUCAUUCCUAGAGAAAAUUGAUGAUAUUACAAGACUGAGUGAAGAAAUUGAUACAAUUCAUAGACAGUGGCAUUCUGGGGAAAGUUAUAGUCACUUCCCUAAUGCAAUUAAAGGCAACCCUGACGAUAGCAAUACUACAUUUACAGUAUUGCAAGAGACCUUUAACCCUCGUCCUGAUGAUAAGAUCACACAAAGUGUUCUUAAUGAAGCAAUCAAUCGCAACUUAGAAUUAGUAAAAGGAUUAAAUGAAACAUUACAUUACCAGAGCGCUUUAGAUAAAAAAUUAAUUGAGAGUUUGGUAUCUAGUAAGGACAAAGAUGCUAAUAACGAAAAUUUAAUGACAAUUGAGGAUUCUGUAGCAGAUCAGCAGGAUGGAGACUCAAUCGAUGGUGAUCAUAAAACAACAGAACUUAAAAAUAAAGCUACGAAAAUUAAUAACGAUGAAUCACAUUUGGAUACAAAGAACAACUUGGUGCAUGAAAUAGACACUUUGAACAGAAUCGCACAUAGACAACUUAACGAAACACGAGCGAAAUUUGACGUGCAUCAUAUAGAUUACACACAAAUGUACGCACAAACUGGAGAUAUGGACUUUGUUAGCAACAAGAACUAUAACAAUGUGGUAGACAAUUAUUACGCACAAGCCAUUAGAGAUAAUGAAAUAAAAAGAUCUUUCAUAGACCACACACCGCCCGUACAAGUGUCAGAGCAAAUUACAUCUAAUUCCUAUGAAUAUAAAGAUGAAAUUGAAAAUGAGAAACUAAUGAAUAACCCGAGUUUUACAGAUUUCCAUGUUAUAGAUACGGAUAAAGAUUUAGAAGUUCCACAAGGGAUUGAAGGACCUGUAGCAGUCUCUGUGCUUCCACCACCAGGCUACGUGGCGCCGACAGUGGUGGCAGAAAAAGCGAGGAGACUGAAUUUCAAACGCCGACCAUUCGAAGGUCCCAUUCGUGAUAAAGUUCCACCACCUCACAAUUCCGUAGUACCGAGGCAAAGUCGGCCAAAAGUUCCCGAGUUGUCUUUAGACAUGGAUCUAUCGUUUGGGGAUGAUGUGUCAGGAAUAUUUCAGUCGCUUCCAUUUUAUCAGCAUUCACCACCAUCUCAUGGGUAUAGAAGAAUGCCUGCUACGGGUUUCCCUCAGUACCCAGUGGAUCGGAUAAUAAGGACAGUGGUGCCCCCAAAAGUUGAUGUUCAGGACAAGAAUUUGAAAAGUGUACAAAGUAUAUCUACGACAAAUGGACCAUAUUCCUAUUUCAAAUCAGAUGAUGAUACUGUUGACAAGUUCUUCAUACCUGUGCGUUAAUUCGUUUGUAAGUGUGUGUGUUUAGUUGAGUUUAUGCAUUUAUUUAGUGUAGCAUAGUCUUAGUGUGUGUUUGCGUAAUUUGACUGAGUUUAGAGUCUAUUUUUAUGAAAUACAAAGGACAUAGGAUUUUGGUCUUUAUAUUUAACAAUGUUAGAUCGUUUUUAUGAUAAUUUUCUAUCACAUAUUUUUGUGACUUUUAACAGUACACUAAUAUAAAUAUUGAAUAUGACUGAGUUGGCACGAGAGAUAGAUAGAAUGUCUGUGUAGAAACAAUUCCUAAUGCAGCUCUAUUGAAUUUAUUUUGUUUAAGUUUAAUAAUAACGUAAAUAGAUAAGUAAGUAGGUAGAAACUAUAGAAAUACAUAAUUAAUAAGAUAACAUUUCAUCCCUUCUACAAAAAUCUUUAAAAUAGCUAUAAACUAAGUGACUAUACUAUUAUAAAAAACAUGCCUAAACAAUAAAUAGCUUAUGCAGAUUAUAGGCUCACUAUUUAAAAUUAAAUAUCCUUCCAAUAUUUAUGAUAAUAUAAAAUAUUUAACCGAAAAAGUGAAGACUGCAUCUAAUGACAAUAAAAUUACAUUUAAAAGUGUUAAUUAAUCUGUUUUAAUAGAAUUCUGAAUGUAUUAUUAAAAAACAAUAUGACACAUUAUUUAAAAAACAAUGUGACAUAUCAAGAACAGUUUUUAUAACAUCUAAUUAGUGAUUGUAAUGAGGCCUCUUUGUCAAAAAAUUGCAUUGUAUGCAAAAUUAUGCGAAUGAUUGCUUCAGACCAGACUUGCCAACUAAUGCAGAUUCUUGUUUACUUUUAACAAAAGUAUAUACAUUAUAGAGUCAUACAAUAUAUAGACUUAUGGUUUUAUAAGCUUAGUCACAAAAAAUCUUAAAUAACUGUUAUUUUUAUACAUAGAAUUUUUGUAAUAAUUUUGAAGUAAUUCUGGACCUAUACAAUUUAGGUUACUUGAUUGCCCCUUACAACUGAAAUCAGGAAUUUCAUGAAUGUAUUUUCCUCAUACAUUUACAUACGUAACCUCACGCUUCACCUCACCUCACGCAUGGUAGGCAGGACGCCAAUUGCUACGAAUCUUACAUACCUCUUUCGCUUCAUCAACAGUCAUGUCUUUUCAUGCAUGCUCGUCAGUUAAGGGUACUUUUAAUUUGGCUCUUCUUUAAUAUAUCGCCAAUCUGGUCGCUAUAUGUCCGUCUAGGGCGUCCUCUACUGACAAAUGUAUUUUCAACUUUAUUACAAAAGAAUAAGUGUGAAAAUCUAAAAUUAAAAUGUCUUUAAAAAUUCACGAUUUAAGGAAUGAAUGAAAAUGUGAACACUACCUGUAUUUUAAACAAAUAUGGCGGCUAUUCUUUCUAUUUUUGAAAGAUUUAAUUAAGUUUAUACUUUAUAAUAAUAGCAAUAAAAACACUUUUCUCUUGUAAGUCUUAAUUUCUAGUUAAUAAAACAGAUUGUACAGUUGUAAUCCUAAAGGUUUUGGUGCUUAUAAUAGAGAUGAUAACUUUUUUAUGUCAAAAGAUCGAUUAAAGAAAAAUAAAACAUUUUAAUUUCACGUGACGUCACCGUUUAAUACAUUUAAUCUGUGACGAAGAUAGUGACACCACAUUUAAUUUUUUAAUAUAUUUUUUUAAUAAAACUAACUAAUAUACUCAUAAUACAGAAUAUUUUUCAUACCUUGUCAUCAUCCCUAUUAUUGCCAUUAAAAUAAAUUUAAGAUUAAAAAUAAAUAAUAAUAUAAUAAUUAUCAUUUAAAAGAUAAGUAUAACUUAUAAUAAGUAAUUAUUUAUUUUUAUUAUAAUAAUUAUAACACGUAGUUGUUCUGUAACGUUAUUUAGGCUGUGAAUAAAGUAAAUGGAUGUGUG